ACAGCCCCCGUCGGUUGUAGUUGUGCCGUUUCGCGUGCUUCCAUUCAUUCGCAAUAUGGCCGGCUCGGGAGUAGGAUGCUAUCGUUGUCGUCGGCUGUCGCGUAUCGCGUAGAGUUCCUUCGGUGUUGAAGUACAUAGGGAUCAGCAGGCCAAAUUAACUUACGGACGGGAGGAAAGUUUCGAUAUCGAGCGAGAAGGGUUUUCGUUUGUGAGUGAAGGCAGACAAAAUGAGGCGAAAGUGCUAGAUUUGUUUCUACCCGUUGACUAAAGUGAUUGAAUUGUUAAUGAAAAUUCGAUCAAAAAUGCACGGUGAAUGAGUGGGAAUGAUGGGAUAACGGGCUGUGGCGUGAUGAAAGCAUGAAAUUCGGUGGAGUGAAGAUAGUGUCGAUUUUUUGCUGAAGUGUAGCAUUCGUGGUUCUAGCAUUGCUGGAUUUCCAGCUGAAACGAAGAGUGAGAGCAGUGGGCGAGGCAACGAAAAAUCAGCUUUUCGGAAGGAAAUUUGUAUGUUUUCUUGGUUUCGCCAAGCAGAAACGUGUGAUUCAGUAAGAAAAUUGCAAGUGCAAUGAGAAUGAUGAAUAUGCCGAAUGAACGGGGCUGUGCGUGGAAUGGAGUCAGAGCAGUAGGAACUGCAGGUGCAGGCAGCAGGCGACGGAAUCUGAUCAUAUGUGGAAUUGUCUUGUCGCUAAUGUUUACAGCGUGUUACAGCAGCCAAGCUUUGGAGUUCACCAUCGAACCAUCGGACGUGACAGUACCGGAAGGCAGCUCUGUCUUGCUGCAGUGUGACGGUCGGUUGGAUCAGAAGGCAAUGCGAAUGGGAAAGAUUUCUCCCAACAUACGGUGGCGUGGUCCGGAUGGGCAGGACAUAGGCAUAGUGGGCGACACCUUUCGAUCCCAGCUGACCAACGGGUCCCUCUACAUUAGCUCGGUGGAGUCGAAUCGGGGGCUGACCGGGUUCUACCACUGUCUGCUCACGGCGGACGGGAUUGGAACGAUCGUGAGCCGGUCUUCGAGGGUUUCCAUUUCUGACCUUCCCGAGAUCAACCAAGACUCGCACGAAAUCUACCUGUACACGGGCCAGACAGCCUACUUCAAAUGUAUGUCUAGUCCGCUGUUGUUCAGCCUGGAAGCUGGAUACCAUGUCGAAUGGUACAAGGACGAAUCUCCUUUGCGGAUGGAUCUCACACGAAUGCUUCUACUACCAUCGGGAGCUCUGGAAAUCGACGAAGUUAUCCCGGAGGAUCGGGGGACCUAUCAAUGCAACGUCACUGCGGGAACAUUUUCCAGGUUGAGUAGCAAAUCGAAUCUAAACAUCAAAUCAACUGCCGGUCAGCCGCAAAGCUUCGCACCACCAUCGUUCGUGAUAGUUCCCCAGCCGCAAACCGUACGGGAAGGCGAUACCGUGAUACUGGACUGUGUUUCCAAUGGGAACCCGAAGCCGACCAUCAAAUGGCUUCGGAAUGGAGAGGAAAUCGAUAUGAAUGAUUUGGAUUCGCGGUUUCGAAUAAUUGGCACCGGGUCGCUACAGAUUAACUCCAUCCAGGAUACAGAUGCCGGGGACUACCAGUGUAGGGCCAGUAAUUCAGAAGAUUCACUGGAUGCUUCCGCUACGGUACAAGUUCAGGUACCACCGAAGUUUAUUCUCAGCCCAGAGGAUAAGCUCGCAUACGAAAAAGAGGAACUGGAAUUGCAAUGUUCUAUCCACGGGAAACCGACACCGGUUAUCCAAUGGCUGAAAAACGGGGAUUUGAUAACACCAAACGAGUACAUGCAAAUUGUUGGAGGCCACAAUCUGAAAAUCUUCGGUCUGAUUGGGUCCGACGCGGGGAUGUUUCAGUGCAUCGGCACCAAUCCUGCCGGUAGCGUGCAGGCUGCGGCCCGUCUAGAAAUCGUCGAACCAGGACAACUGAAAAGACAGAAGGGAAAAAAGUUCCUCCAGAAUCAAUCUAAAAUGAAAUCCUACGAAAAAUCGAUACACUCCGAUCCGAAAUUGUCGAAGGUUGUGUUGGAUAGUUUGUUGUCCAAAACUAAAGAAAAGGCCAACGUCAACCAGAAUAAGUUUCAGUACGAUGAAUACACGGACGAUGACUAUUUAGAACACGAGGAAGACCAUGACGAUGAAGAAGAGGAGGGAAAAAUUUACUCUUUGCGACCUAACGAAGACCCGAACAAACUUUACCAGUCUUUGACCGGUUCGCGGUCUACGGAAGACGGCGGUGAAAUUGGACAUUUUUCUAAUUCAAACUAUCCUAAUGCUGUCACACGGAAAUACCCGAAUUCGGAACUAGAUGGCAGUGGCAAAUUUGCAGCACCUCUACCGGGACCACCACGGGAUCUGCAGGCUCAGAUCGUGAAACCGAGAUUCAUCACGCUUAGCUGGUUGGAGCCGGUCAAAAAUCCAGAUGAGGUUAUUACGUACUCAGUCUACUAUAAGAUGCACACAAGUGAUAGAGAACGAAAAAUCACCACAAAAUCACGAGACGAACAGGAAGUGAACAUUCAGUCGCUUUUGCCGGGAAAAACUUACCAAUUUCGUGUCGUGGGGAAUAGCAAUCACGGAUCAGGAGAGUCAUCGCAAACGUUAGAAGUACGAACUCACUCGGAGGAUAACGUUGCCGGUCCACCGCAGAAUAUCCGAGGCCAGGCACUGAGCGACAAAGAAAUCCAUCUCCAGUGGGACCCUCCACUGGUCACAAUCGCGGAUAUAUCAAAGUACCGGGUAUACUAUGCGGAAAUUGACAACGGAGACGAAAUGUAUUCAGACACCACAUCCACCGAGAUCAUCAUCAGCGAACUGAGGCCUUACACUGAGUAUACGCUCUACGUGAUGCCCUGGAACCAAAUCGGAAUGGGAGAUCCUUCUCAGGAAAUAGUAGUGAAGACUCAUUCGUCCAUUCCUUCGGAAUCACCGUCAAAUGUUUCUUUGGAAGCAACUAGUUCGACCUCGAUCACCAUUCGUUGGCAACCACCUCCGGUAGAAGACCGUAACGGACAGAUCACCGGCUACAAAAUCCGGUACCGAAAGAACAAAAAACCUCUACAAGUGGAAACAACACCGGCAAAUGUACGACACUGGGAAUUGAAGGGACUGGAGCGGCUGUCCGCCUACCAGGUCAAAAUUGCUGCGAUGACCGUUAAUGGUUCGGGUCCAUUCACCGAGUGGCACCACAUCGAGACGUACGAGAACGAUCUGGACGAAUCGCAGGUCCCUGGUCAACCGGGAUGGAUUAAAACUCGUCCGGGUGCGGACAGCAUCACCGUGCUGUGGGCUCCCCCAAUCCACCAGGAGAUAAAAGUGCGGAAUUAUAUCCUCGGUUGGGGUAAAGGUAUUCCGGAUGAGGACACAACCGACGUGGAGGAGCAUAUACGGACUUUUGAAGUUCGAAAUCUGGAACCGAAUACCGAGUAUGUGAUAUCCCUUCGCGCUAGGAAUAACAUGGGCGAUGGUCCUCCCAUUUAUGAUACGGUGCGUACGAGGGAAGAUUCCCCCAUUGAAGCGCCAACUCCGCUGGAAGUACCGGUUGGGUUGAGAGCCAUUCCGAUGUCGGGAACAUCCAUCGUAGUAUACUGGACCGAUACAACAUUAAGCAAAAGUCAACAUGUGACCGAUAAUAGACACUACGUAGUGAAGUAUACUCCCACUGCAUCAACGCGAUUCAGGUACUACAACACAACCGACUUGAACUGUAUGAUCGGUGAUCUUCGACCCAGCACGCAGUACGAAUUUGCGGUGAAAGUAGUGAAAGGCCACCGUCAAUCCGCCUGGUCGAUGUCCGUGAUUAAUUCCACGCAUCAAGCAUCACCGGUAUCACCUCCACGUGAUUUGACCGUGUCGUAUGACGAUCGCAACCCGCUGACCGCUAUUCUACAAUGGCAACCACCCCGACAUAGUAACAGCCCGAUCACUGGAUACGUGGUACUCUACACAACUGAUCCUAAUAAACGGGAUCGCGACUGGAAUGCUGAGGCGGUCGUCGGAGAUAAAACCAGUACGGAAAUUACCGGUUUGGAGGCCCACACAAUGUACUAUUUUAAGGUUCAAACACGUAACACCAAGGGGUAUGGUCUUUUCUCGGCAAUGGUUUCCCAAACGACCGGGGCCGAAGUCGAUUCCAGCGAAAAUCUGUCCAUGCCAAAAUCCAUUUCGCCAGAGAUGGUGUACGUGAUAGUUGGAUUUUCCAUUCUGACGGCAGUGAUUGCAGUCGCAGUAGUGAUUCUUCUUUGUCGAAAGAAGCCGGAAGGGACACCGGAGCAUGCAAAGAAAAGCUAUCAGAAGAAUAAUGCUGGCAUUAUCAAACCACCCGAUUUGUGGAUACAUCACGACCAAAUGGAGCUGAAAAAUAUGGAUAAAAGUAAUCACAGUACGACACCUGGUUCGGUAGAUGGAGGGGCAUCCAGUAGUGGAGUACUGACCCUGCCACGGUCCGUGGGAGGACACGAGUUCGACAACGAAACUCCUAUAGCUCACGUGACGAACUCGUUGGACAAGCGAACCUAUGUACCUGGUUAUACGGGAACUACGACCCCGUUGAGUUCGACCAUGGAACGACCACAGUAUCCACGUACUCAGUACAAUAUGGCAUCCAGGCCGCACAUAUCUCUCGAUCAGCAGACACUUUCUCAGCAGAGCUUACUACAGCAACCACCACAGUUACCUCCAGCGAACUCGUUAGUGCAAACACCGGAGAAUCCGUACACCUAUGAGGGGAAUUACAGUAAUCCGGCGGUCACAUACGCCCCAGGUAUGACAGUAGAUGCACCGAAACGGGGGCAAGGUCACCCUUUGAUGAGCUUCAGUGUUCCGGCUCCACCUGCUUCGACGCCAGUUAUUACCAAUCAGGGAAAGCACGUACAAACCCCCUCGGUUACGAUACGCCCGCAGAACUCGUCUCCGUACAAGAAACCCUCGCUGUCCACCAGUUCGUUGACGAACCGGCUACAGACAGGACCGGCCGUGCAGCAUUCCACCGACGAAAUCCAGCGGCUCGCUCCGUCCACCUCGACCGAGGAGCUGAACCAGGAGAUGGCCAACCUCGAAGGACUGAUGAAGGAUCUGAGUGCAAUAACGGCCAACGAGUUCGAAUGCUAAUAUUCGGAGUGAGCGCCGGGUGGUCGCGAACGGGACACUGCUACUGCUACGAGUGAAUGAGUGAUCGAUAUGUUGCGUGAAGAUUCCGACAGCGGGAUCUUAUCGAAAAGUGAUCGAACUAUUAGUCAUUAUUAAUUUAAAAAAAAGAAAAUCGUUUUCGAUUCACGUUCUGUAAUUGCUGUACUAAUACGUAAGCUGAAUAUACCUGUGCGGAAAGCUCUCUCUUCCUUUCACUAUUAGUUGUUUUUGAGGUAUUUACUUUGUAGUACAGGGAAAACAAAAAUGAAUGUGUACACAAAGAUAGGGUUUCUCCAGCUUUCGAUGGUCGUUAAGGUCAUUGGCAGGAUUAAUAUAACUUAUUUAUUUUUACUCCUCAUCUGUAAUAAUGUACGCCGUAGUGCGAACAAGCAACGAUUAUACGGUACUUUUGUUUAAUACAAGUGCGCUCUCGAGUAAGAUUACUUAUGCUGUAAAUACAACAAACUAGCGGAUAAGGCUUUUCACGCAUCACACGCGCAGUAGUGGAGAUGCAAAAAGGAUUGCCAUUUUCCUUGACUUUUUUGUACUACGGAUAACACAUUUCAAUUGCAGUUUUAAAAUAGUUCAUAGAUAGAAUUCCAUUCCCAGUGAUUUUUAAUUUAAUUUUAAUUAUUAGCAGAACAGAUUUUAGAAAAUUUUACGACAAAAACGAAGAAACGCAUUUAUUUUACUGAACAGUUACGAAAGUCUACUAAUUAAGUUGAAAAUUACCACGAAAUGAAGUCACAAACAGAUAAAUACCCAGGGAACAAAAUACUUCGAAGACUUGUUGAACGAACAAUGAUAAAAGCUGUGGAUUGCUAUAAAUUUGUACCGUAUAAGUCUGUAAUUUGUUAAAGAUCGACAUAAAUUAUUUAACUCACUUACACUGCCAUGCGAAAUACUUUUCUGUUCAACAAAAUUAUAUUUGGUACAGGUCAAAUUAAUUUUUUGAUGCAUACACGAAUACACGUCGUAUCAACCAACUAAAUUUGUAAUCGUAUUUUUGGUCACGUCAUUGUAAUGUAAUUUAUCAUCCAAGUCAUGUCACAUAGAUUAAUAUCGUAUGUAAAAAUAGAUGCAUGUUUAGCAAAAUAUUUUGCAUCACACAA